CACUGAGGUGUCUGUGAACGACAUUUGGUAUUGGUUAGCCUGGGAAAGGAGUUGCAGCCUCAGUACCAUAUUGCAAUCCUCACUACAGCGCAGAGAGUGGAGCGAAGAGGCUGCUUCAUGUUGCUGCCGGUGCCGCCUUUGUUUUAAGGAACAUUGUUACACAUCGGUCUGCUGAGGGACAGGAGAAAUUCAUCACCGACUGCAAAAGGGGGGAAACUAAAAUCAUGUACUUUAAAGGAGGCGUACUGCUGACGCUCCUAGCAGCUUUCCAGAUCUCCACAGAGGGUCGAGGAACUCAAUUGUGCAAACCUGGAUUUUCAGAAGAUGUGUAUCAUGCAGCAGUCUCGGAGAAUCUGAUUGAGGGGCAGCCUCUUCUUAACGUGAGAUUUGUUGACUGCGGCAGAAGCGGACGACUGCGGUACGAGAGCAGUGACCCGGCAGACUUCAGGAUAGGGGAUGAUGGAGUGCUCUAUGCCGCGAGAAGCUUCCGUGCCUCCACCGUGCAGGCGGUGUUGCUGGUGGUCGGGGCGCGGGACCCGGACACUCAGGAGCGGUGGCAGACGCGCGUCAAGCUGACCCCCACACCCAACGGAGCUGCACAGCGUGGAAGGGGCUCUGGUGCCCCAGACACACCCCAGCAGGUGCGGGAGAUUGUGUUCCCGCUUCCGCACGUGGCGGGCGGAGAUGGUCUCCUUAAACGUACGAGGAGAGACUGGGUCAUCCCUGCCAUCAACGUGCCCGAAAACUCCAGAGGCCCCUUCCCUCAGGAGCUGGUCAGAAUCAGGUCGGACCGCGAUAAGAACCGCCUCUUGCGUUACAGCGUCACGGGGCCCGGCGCCGACCAGCCUCCUACCGGGAUCUUCAUCAUUAAUCCAAUUUCAGGACAGCUGUCUGUGACUAAGCCGCUGGAUCGGGAGCAAAUAUCCAACUUCCAUCUAAGGGCGCAUGCUGUGGAUCUGAAUGGCAACCAGGUGGAGAACCCCAUCGACAUCGUGGUCAACGUGAUCGACAUGAAUGACAACCGGCCCGAGUUCAUCCAUCAGAUCUGGAACGGGACGGUCGCUGAGGGAAGGAAGCCAGGAACAUAUGUAAUGACUGUCACAUCAGUGGACAAGGAUGACCCAGGCACGGCAAAUGGAAUUUUACGAUACAAGAUCCUGUCCCAGAAUCCUGAGAUCCCCUCGUCCAACAUGUUUACCAUAAAUAAUAAGACUGGAGGCAUCAUCACCGUGGCAGCUGGACUCGACAGAGAGAAAGUACAGCAGUACACGUUAAUAAUUCAGGCGACCGACAUGGAGGGAAACCCAACAUAUGGACUCUCUAACACAGCGACUGCCGUUAUCAAAGUCACAGAUGUCAAUGACAACCCUCCUGAGUUCACUGCUGACACUUUCUACGGGGAAGUGCCAGAGAAUAGGGUGAAUGUUAUUGUUGCCAACUUGACGGUGACUGAUAAGGACCAGCCCAACACCGCUGCCUGGAACGCAGUGUACAAGAUCACUGGAGGGGAUGCCACAGGCAGAUUCUCUGUCCCUACCGACCCCACCACUAACGAGGGCCUAGUUACUGUCGUCAAGCCUAUUGACUAUGAGAUCAGUAGGACAUUUGUGCUAACUGUGGUGGCGGAAAAUGAGGUGCCCCUGGACAAUAAUAUUCAUCUUACUCGUCAGUCGACUGCAACAGUCACCAUUAAAGUUAUUGAUGUGAACGAGAGCCCUUAUUUCGAACCAAACCCCAAGCUCAUCAAAUUGGAGGAGGGCUUGCCGGCAGAAUCAAUGUUAACAACCUACACUGCCCAAGAUCCAGACCGCUUCAUGCAGCAGACAAUAAGGUACUCUAAGCUUUCCGAUCCUGCGAACUGGUUGAAAAUUAACCCUGCCAAUGGGCGGAUUUCGACAAUUGCCGUUCUGGACAGGGAGUCACCUUACGUGAAAAAUAACUUGUACAACGUUACAUUCCUGGCCUCUGACAAUGGUGUCCCACCAGCAAGCGGGACCGGUACACUGCAGAUCUACCUAUUGGACAUCAACGACAACGCCCCUCACGUGUACCCCCAGGAGGCCGAGGUCUGCGAGAAACCCGAGCCCAACGCCAUCAACAUCACUGCCGUGGACUGGGACAUCAACCCCAAUGCCGGGCCCUUCUCCUUCGAGCUGGCCAACAAGCCUGCAGACGUCAAGAAGAACUGGACCAUCACUAGGCUCAGCGGCGAUUACGCCCAGCUGAGCCUGAAGAUCGGCUUUCUGGAGAGCGGCAUAUACGAGAUCCCCAUCACCAUCAUGGACUCGGGCAACCUGCCCAUGUUCAACACGUCCUACCUGCGGGUGAAGGUGUGCCAGUGCGACCGCAAUGGGGACUGCACCGACGUGGAGCGCAUCAUCGCCGCCGGGCUGGGCACCGGCGCCAUCAUCUCCAUCCUCCUCUGCAUCAUCAUCCUCCUGAUUCUGGUGCUGCUCUUUGUGGUGUGGAUGAAGCGCCGUGACAAGGAGCGUCAGGCCAAGCAGCUGCUGAUCGACCCCGAGGACGACGUCAGGGACAACAUCCUGAAAUACGACGAGGAGGGGGGCGGAGAAGAGGACCAGGAUUACGACCUGAGCCAGCUUCAGCAGCCUGAUACGGUGGAGCCGGACACCAUCAAGCCCGUCGGAAUUAGGCGUCUCGAUGAGAGGCCCAUCCACCCCGAGCCGCAGUACCCCGUCCGGUCGGCCGCCCCUCACCCCGGGGACAUCGGCGACUUCAUCAAUGAGGGACUUAAGGCCGCAGACAACGACCCCACCGCCCCUCCCUACGACUCCCUGCUGGUGUUCGACUACGAGGGCAGCGGCUCCACCGCAGGCUCCUUGAGUUCGCUCAACUCCUCCAGCAGCGGGGGCGACCAGGACUACGAUUACCUCAACGACUGGGGACCAAGGUUUAAGAAGCUGGCGGAUAUGUAUGGUGGAAGUGACGACUAACGGGGGAGGUGGGGGUGUGUCAAAAAAAAAUAUAUAUGUUGGAGCGGCACUUUUUUACGGGACAAGGACAGCUUCUAAAAAAAAAAAAAAAACAACAAUAUUCCCGAGGAGAGAACAAAUGACAACGACAAGACCAACCACCACCACCGACAACCAACAAAAAAAACAAAAUAGGCUUAAUGAUGUAGUCUACUAGCAAUUGUGCUUGUUGAAGGCUUUGGUAUAGGCUGCAGUUCAAUUCCGGCUCAGACGGAACGUUGGUAAACUCACACCAUUUUGGGUCGUUGAUGCGAAGAUUGCUCAGUUACACUUGAAUUUCACAGUACAGAAGCACUGGGAUUAAAUGUGCCUUUUUGUACAUUUUUGGAUCUGAAUAAUUAGUUUUAUGUUCAAGGCUUUAAUGGUACUGACUUUUGGAGUGAUUUCAAAAUUAAGAAAGUAUGUUAAAAUAUGAUAUGCUUCUACAUGCUUUUCUUGGUUACACCAUACUGCUGUUUGUCAAAAAAGGGUUAUUUAAGUGAAUUACAAAAAAGAAAAAAUGAUGAAGGUGUCUUCAUUAGCUUGGAUGGGCAGGAACACAUGAAAACAGCAAUGUACAGUGCGCUAAACUUUUAGAUAGUUUUUUCACUAAAAAAAUAAACUUAAGCAGCUGGUUGCAAAUAAAGGGAGUCAUAAACCAUCAUUUUGUAGCGGAAUAAGUUUUGUUUCUCUGA